AUGGAAGUUUUAAAAAACAUUAGAGUUUAUCCUCUGUCCAAUUUCAUCACGUCAGGCAAAAAUUAUAUAACUCCACCAAAUGAAUUAAGAAACCUGAUUAGUACAGAGCAGGAGAGCCAACUAGGGUUCUUGCACAUUAUUGAAAGCGAUUUUAAACCUUCGGUAGUACUGCAAAGGUUGGUCGAUUGUACUACAGGGGAGGGCAAAAUCUUGAUCAUUGAUAUAGUAUCAUUGUGGUCUCAACAAAAGCAAAGACAGCAUGGCGUGAUCUAUAUGAAUUCGCUAUCUUGUAUAAACAUCACUGGAUUGAUCGUAUUUCUAGAGUUACUGUAUGAUUCCCCCACGGAGGCAUUGAGGAGGUGCCAAAUUGAUGAUUUCAACUUUCAAUUACGAGGUAUAUUGAUUGACAAUUUGUCAUUUUUGAAUUUUGAAAGCGACAAUAACUAUGAUGUGAUAAAUUUAUCAAAAUUUGAAAAGCUGUUUAAGAUUUUACGGAAACUGAGAGAAUUCUUGGGCUGCUGGAUCAUCACCAAAAGUUUUCCCACAGACUUCUAUAAUGGUAUCGAAAAUACCCUAGCUGAUAAAUGGUCAAUCAAAAGGAAAGGCGGCGUUACACAAUACCCCACAAAACUGCCUGAGUCAUAUAUGAAGGGAAUGGAUGUGAUAAUUUACAAAGAGGUCGUCGACGGUAGGCCACAGUACAAACGGAUAGCUGCAGUUGAAAAAUGA